UGUCCUCAAAAAGUAGGAAACGCGUCUUCUCUUCUCUCCUCUUCUCUGGAGGAGCUAACGAAAAAAAACUUUAUUAAGCCAGCACAGCACAGCACAGCAGUAGCAGUGGAGGUGUUAUCGUGUCACUCAAACACUUCAAUCCUCCAGCAUCAGCUGCUUGCGCCAAAACAAAACAAAACAAAACAAAGAAAGCUAGCGUCUUUCUCUCUACUCCUCGCCGCCGCUGCACCGCACCACCGAAAAAAGCUCAUCGGUGUGGUGGCUGCAGUUGCCACUUCGUCGUCUUCUCCGGCCGCUUUCCAGUCUCAUCUUUCUUCGGAUCGAGUUUAGGAUGCGACUGAAUCGCCCAUCAGACCAGCCACACCCAGAGAUAAUGAUUGGAUCCUCUUUCUGAAUCCCCCCGCGAGAUUCCAGCCAGGUCCUCCGCCAAAGCCGAUUCGCAUUGAUUCCAAGAUCCAAACUUUUCUUCCCGGCGGACAAAAAAGUUGCCAUCUUUGGAGAUGAAGAGCCUGCAAUGCUUCAAGCAGGGCAGCGGCGGCGGCCAGGGGAAGAGGCUGGAGCGGCGGCUGUCACUCGGGGAUUACAAGAAGGCCGUGUCCUGGUCCAAGUACCUAGUGGCUCCGCCGGGCGCCAGGAUCCGUGGCGGUGGCGAGGAGCUGUGGAGCGCCGACCUGUCCAAGCUGGAGAUCCGGACCAAGUUCGCCACGGGCCGGCACAGCCGCGUCUACUCCGGCCGGUACGGCGGCCGCGAGGUGGCCAUCAAGAUGGUUAGCCAGCCUGAGGAGGACGCCGCCCUCGCCGCCGAGCUCGAGCGCCAGUUCGCCUCCGAGGUCGCCCUCCUCCUCCGCCUCCGCCACCCCAACAUCAUCUCGUUUGUUGCAGCAUGUAAGAAACCACCAGUCUUCUGUAUCAUUACCGAGUACAUGGCAGGUGGCUCCCUUAGGAAAUAUCUACAUCAGCAAGAACCUCAUUCUGUUCCAAUUGAAUUAGUACUGAAGUUAGCUUUAGAGAUUGCUCGUGGAAUGAGCUACCUACACUCACAAGGCAUACUUCACAGAGACUUGAAAUCGGAGAAUAUACUUCUCGAUGGAGAUAUGUCAGUAAAAGUGGCAGAUUUCGGAAUUUCGUGCUUAGAAUCACAGUGUGGAAAUGGUAAGGGUUUUACUGGGACAUAUAGAUGGAUGGCUCCAGAAAUGAUAAAAGAAAAACACCAUACGAGGAAGGUUGAUGUGUACAGCUUUGGAAUUGUCUUGUGGGAGAUUUUGACUGCUUUGGUACCAUUCAGUGAGAUGACUCCUGAGCAAGCUGCAGUUGCUGUUGCCUUAAAGGAUUCAAGGCCACCACUGCCUCCUUCAUGCCCUGUGGCAAUAAGCCAUCUGAUAACUCAGUGCUGGGCCACCAAUCCAGACAGAAGGCCUCAGUUCGACGACAUUGUUGCCAUACUCGAGAGCUACAGAGAAGCUCUUGAAGAGGAUCCAUCCUUCUUGGUGUCAUAUAUACCCCCUCCGCCGCACCAUCACCAGCAGCAUCACCAACAGAGCCUUCUCCGGUGCUUCCCUCGCUGCAGGACCACUCGACGAUCUGCGUCUCUGAGAGUAUGAUGUCGGUCCACGGCUUCGUCUUCGCCUUCGCCUUCGCCGUGUAUGAUAUGCACUUUGUUUUCAGUUUCUUUUUCAAUGCGCCGGCCCCCUAUUAUGCGGCAGUAAGGCUUGCUAUGAUUUUAGUAUCCUCCCCUCCUUUUUUUCCAUCUGUUUAUUAUUGACGAUUUCCAUCAUUAAUGCUUGCCUGCCUCGAGUUUACUUGAGAGACGACAGGCAGUUUUCUUUUCUUCUAUUUUGAUUAUCUAUCUGUAAUGUCGUUUUAAUUUCGACGAGAGAGCCUCUGUAAUUGUAAUAUAAUCGAGCUCUUCCUGCAAUUCUCUGCUUCUGUUGUGAUCAGUGCAAUUUUAUGUCUUGA